GGUCACGUGACUAAAAGGCCAGCCAUCUUGAGCGUCGUUUCAUGACUGCGACGCCGCGUCUAGGGGUUUGUGCGCCUGGUGCGCCUAGUGCCAGUGGGCCCGUGCGGCGCCGUUUGUGGACAGCCCGAGAAACCCGCCGUGUCGCAAGUUUGUCCGCACCCCCGCCGGCAGCCAUGGAAAAUUGGAGGUCGGUUCUACGCUCGCUGCCGCUAGCGCAUCAAUAUCUUCGUAGCUACCAGCACUGCCCUGCAAUGCAAAGGAGCGCGGCUAACCGCUCGUACUGCUUCUAGGCCAUGGACUCAAAGAAGAGUCCCAAUCGACGUCCGAAGCGGCAGGCGCCGCCAACCAAGGAGGAACAAGUCUGGGACUGCAGCGUUUGUACGUACCGCAAUACGGCUGAGGCCUUCAAGUGCCUCAUGUGCGACGUACGCAAAGGAACGUCUACCAGGAAGCCGCGCCUGAAUGCGCAGCUGGUGGCUCAGCAACUCGGCCCGAGCAGCGGCCGCAGGGGCUCGAGCAGCCGGCGAGGGAGCGGGGGCCCCGGUGGGGGCUCGAGCGAGAGCUCCCGUAGCAACACCCGGCCUCGCCUCAAGAACGUGGACCGGUCUUCAGGCCAGCAGCGUGCCGUCACAGUCAACAACGUCACGGUCAUCAUCACCGAAUUCCAGCCUAAGCGGCUCUCCGACGCCUCUUCUUCAACUGAUGGGGCACACUCGGAUGGACACGCAGAAGCACGUUAGGCCUUAGGUGCAGCUGACGUAAUGGUUUGAACUUGCCAGCCACCUUUGCACCACUAUUGUGUUCUCCCGCCCACCCAUCAGUCCUCAGUCUUGGUGCCACAGACGCUGCUUUCCUGGCUGCCAAGGCUCUUUGAGAGUGAAGUCAAGCAUUCCGUGUCAGCUCCUCUCCAGCCAGUUCAGUGUACAGUGCUGCAACGUCCAUUGCCAUCCACAUUCGCACGUCAACUUGCAAGAACAUCUGCCUUGCCUGUCAAAUUUCAGGUGCACUGGUUAUCCUAGUUAGUAGCGGCAGUUCUGAAUUUGCGCUGUCUAUCUAUCGCAGUGCGGGCGCAGUGUCCAACUUGCUCCCAGUGCAGGCACAAAACCUGCACUAGAGCAAUGCUGAGCGGUUCUGUGACAACCACGGAAUGUGGUGCAGACAACACUGGUCAUAGGAGGAGUGCUCAUAUAGUUGUGCUGCCAACGCAAGCCAUUGAAAAAGACCUGCUGCAAAAGUGUUCCAAGUUCAAACUAACAUUGAUGGUGUGUGCGUGUGGCCAGGCUUUGUUCCACGUAUCUGACGGCUUCCCCAACCAACUGGUGCUGCUUUUUCUCGAUGUGUGCGGCUAGCGGGAGCGAAUCCGAGAUGUUUUCCCAAAUCGGCCCUGCCUCAUACUGUCUGGGGUGAGAAGGAAAGUGUGAACCCCAGGAUUGCCUUGACAGACGGGACAAACAUCACGACUCCUGGUUGUAGCACCAAGUUUGCAGCCUUGGCUGCUGUGUACAUUUCUCCAAACUGUUUCCUGUGUUCUUUUCCCCUACAACCUUUGUCGUACAUGCCCGAUACUGAAUAGAAAUGGUUGCUGAGGUCUACGAAUGAGAAAUGGGUUCUUCAUGGGAUGAGCUAAAUUGUAAAGUUGUAAGUUACACAAAUGUGCGAUGUGUUGUGACGCAAUAGAUUUUUCAGUGAGGCCAACUUAGAAUAUAGGCUUGUGCAUCUCAUUUUUCUUGGAUAAUUUUUCUUUGUAUAGAAGACAUGUCAAUUAGUGAACAAAAGUUUCGGAGGUAGCGCAUGCAUGAGCAUUUUUGUUUUUUUUUUUUGUUUUUUAGUCUCAGUUACAAUUUAUCUGCAAAGUGAUGCAGGUUUGCUAUGCUGUGCAACCCUUGGGCUCUGUUGAUCCAGAUAUAUAUGGAUCCUAAUUGCACUCAUUGUUCAUUACAUUUGCCAUAAUGUGAAAAGAACUCAGUCCGUAUUAAGGACUUUUAUGUUUAAAGGCCAACUUCAACAAAAUUUCUAACUGCACAAAAAGCUUAGGGGCAGAUAGUGGAAAUAUACAGCAUCCUCCGUGCAAAAUUAUACAUUUGAAAUAGCAUAGUUGCAUCACAAAAAGCUUGCAAAAAUGUUCUGAUAUUGAAGCUUUAAAAAAAAAAAAUGUUGCCGCUUCCACUCAGAAAUGACCUGAACUCUGAAUGUUGAGCAUCAGCACAGCUCCUUGGCAUGGCCUCUUAUAUUGGGUGGUGCCAUGGCAUGAUGAAAAUUCUGGUGAUCCUGGUGAUCCUGGUCUGGGAUUUGUAUCAUAUAUAGACUAAACACCAGAUGCACACGUCAUCUGCUUUAAGUGCAAUUUAGAUUUUGUCAUUCACAAGCCCUGCCAAGAUUGCUUGAACAGUAUAUACUGCUCAUUUAUGUCCGGUAUAGCCACAGUGAAAAUUUUUUUGCAGUUGGCCUUUAAUGAGCUGUUUGCUUAGCACACGACACAUGCUGAUUUUAUUUUCCCCAAGUGGCGCGCUCUAAUAUCCUCCAGCCAAGUGUUGUCGCCACAGUUUUUAGUUCCCUGUCGUGACCAGCCAAGAAAACCUGAGCAGUAAAAAAAAAGAAAAAUCUCAGCCACGGUAUUCUAACCAUAAUUGGUGGCACCACAAUGCACAAGGUUUCUGAAACUUGCACUAAGAAGAAAUGCGGAGCUAGUGUCCUGUGGGCUUCUCCAGCCAUCGUCAGAAUGAUGGGAAGUACAAUCACUGGCUUGUUUUGGCCAGUCGCUUAGCACGCAGUGGGUCGCUUAGCAUGCAGUGAGGCUACCAUUUUGUAAAUACCUUCCGUGGCAAUAAAACCACUGUUCAGCAUGUUGCUAACAUGUUCUCCAUUAUACUUUGGGAGCAAAAUUUGUCUCUAGAAAUGUCGGACCUCCCGUGAAGCGCUGUGAAGUCGCAAGUGAAAAGGCAGCUCACACAUUGUUGCUGCCGGUGGCAGCACCACUGUAUCUGGUUUUCAUGUAAAGAGUGUAGAAUGUUCUGUGCAACUCAGCAUCAAUAGUGUGAAAAAUUACAAGUUACAAGACGCAUGGAAAGAAGCGAGCUUCCGAGUCGUAUAAGUGAAUCCCUAGUUGAGCGCGGGCAUUGACAGGUGCCAUUACAAACCGUGUGCAUCCCAUCAUUCCCACGACGGUUUAGAAAUGGAAGCAGCAGUUUUCUCUCGAGCAAGGGGCACUGCUGAAAGUAUUUGCCGCCCCUCUUGUGCGAUCAUGUCAUUCCUUUAUUCCUUCAGUGGGCUAACUAGCACUGCCAAAGGUGGCUUGGUGGCUUUGGGAAGUACAUGCCUGGCUCUGCCUUUGGCAGGCAAUAUUUCUGUGUUCAUGUUGCUAAAGCCGCUUUCCUCGCACUGCCCGUGUACUCUGACAUUUCCCCCUGCAACCAUCGCGUUUACGGCGCUGCUCAUUGGCGCCAUUUGGACUUGAACCAUCUCCCCCCCUCCCCCCCCCCCCCCCAUCCUACUUGCUUCUUCCAGUGACAUGCUUUCUCUUAUCGUGUUCCCGUCAGGUUUUAAGCAUUCGAGCCUUACUUUGUAGCUGUGUUGGGACUGCCUCUCGGCUUGGCUUGCUUGGCGUUUGUGGAGCACCAUGUGACUUGGGCCUCGGCAAGUGCGGGCAGUGCAGGAUUGAGGGCCGUGUUUGUACUCGUGGCCACGAAAAGCGCAUUGCAUGGGUUGUCGCAGAAGUGGUUGGAAUGGGGGAGCCGCAGCUGCACAAGAAAGUGAUGAAUUUCCCUCGCAGUUUUAUAGCCAGCUGUAACGAAAUUCUGGAGCAUGUGUAAAAAGCCUAGUUUUAGAUAAUGUAGAAAUGAAGCAGCGUCCGUGCAAUAAUUUAUUUGAGCUACGAGUGUGGAUGCUUCGUUAAAAGCGAGCAAAUCUACGUUUUUGACACUGACUGAAAAAAAAAAUGCUGAAGUUGCCAUUCGCCAGAAUUAAUUCGGAGCCCAGAACAUCGACAAGUAGUGCAGGCUCCGAGACUAGGUAGCACCUGUGGUGCACUGAAAAUCUUGAAGACCGUCGAUCUGGGAUUGGCAUCAUACCACUAAUUGCUAAACACCAAUUGCACAUGCCUACUUAGGUACUACAGAAAGCCUGUUAAUGGGAAAAUUAGACAAUUACCAGCCCCAGUAGCUUAGGCACGACUGCUUCAGUAGCAGAUACUACUCAUUCAGAACCAAUCUAGGCAAAGCAAUGUUUUCUUGCAGUUGGCCUUUUGGAGUACAGCCUGGAACUGAGAGAUACAGUGCGCGUCAAAAGUUUGCGAGGUAUGGGUUCUCCAAAAAACAAAAGUUACAAGUUUGGAGCAAUUUGUUUGUUCCUGCAGGGAGCGAAGUUAUACAGCACUAUGUUGUUCGAAUGCCGUGUACUAUGUUUUUCAGGCUGGAAAUUGCACUAUCAGGCUUUGGGGUGCUCAGGGUUUCAAAAUAUUCAGCUCUUUCUUGGAUUCCACACCGUAAAAAUUUUUGAUGUCGAUGGUAAUUUGCAGGCAACUGCAGCGGGCAUCUCCUCAGACCUUCGCACAUUCUCGAGCUGCGAUUGGAUUUAUUUUUUGAAAUACUUAGAUAUAUUUUUUCCCGAUGCUACAGUGUUCCACAAAAAUGUGCGAGUGGGUGUGCACUUUGUGUCGAUAUAAAUAGGAACACCUAAUCUGUGUUCAAAGAGUGGGUCUGUCAAUUUCGUAAGACAGAACCUCACUCGCUGCUAUUUUUGAUGGAGCUAUUCUGGUAAAUAAGCGUGCUCAUGGAAUUCAUUUUUUUUUUUUCAUUACUAGCAGGCACAAGACCAAUUGCCUAUUUUAGAUGUAAGUUUGGAAUUCCUUUCAUAUUCGCAGACAGAUAUUUGUGUACGAAGCUGCCGUGAAAGAUUGCUUAGGUCAGGUUCAUAUUUGAGCACGGUCCAGUUGCGGAUCGAGGUGCGCUGGAUGGGGGCAAGAAAAUUGGACGCGUGGACCUUGCACACCUUGUAAAAAGGUACUGUUGAGAUCUCGGUGUGCAUUUGUGUUGCUGUCUGUGCCGUACAGUAGCUUCGAAAUAAGAGGCUCCAUAUAACACUUGAUAUUACACUAUAGCUUGCAGAUUAUGGCUGAUAGCAUUAAAAAUUUUUUUAUUGUGCUUGCCAGUUGCUCGUUAGCAUUCAGACCUUGCAUUGAAAUUGCAUUUUGAAGUUCUUUUGGGGCAGUUAUGUAUUUAUAUUUAGCAGUGGUACCUGCUUAAUCAUUAGAUAGUGGAAAUGAAGAAAACCAUUUUCUUAUGGGAAGCUGGUCUCUGACCCAGCGAAUUGAGGCUGUCCACCCACAAAAAAACUUGUGCAGAGGGCAGUGGUAUGCAAAUGGUGGGUUUGUAAUGACAUGUCUAAAUUUAAGCCAUUUUCUUUCAUCUGUCGAGCAGAGUGGCCGACAACAGCAGUGUGCGAGAUAUUGGCAAAGGGUCAAAAGAGUGGGUUUUUUUAUAUGAAAAUAAGUUUUGCACAAUAUUCAUUGCGAUUGUCAGAGGCGUAUGGCAAUCAUAGGCUCGAUUAGCAGGCAGCAGUGGCUUUUCAUUUAUAACACGUGGACCAGUAUAAUGUGAGGGUUCCUUACGCUCAAUUUUAUUGUUUCGGUUCAUGACCAGCCAAUUACGUAGGCAGAGUGCCUCUCGAAUUGAAUCGUUAACAUUAUCCCAGCCCUGGUUGCCAAUGAAACGUGCCUUGUAUACAAGUUAACAUCAAAGUGCAAUCUCGAUGCAAGAUUCGGGUGCUGAGAGAGAAGUUGACAAACAUAAAAGCAGUUUCUUAAAGUUGUUUGCUGAAAUAUGCAAAUCACUGUACAUCACUGUCUCGCAGUGCAUAGACUGCGGUCUGCUCAAGAUGGCACAUUGCAGGUUAAAAAAAAAAAAAAACAGUGUAUGACUCUGCAGUGCCCUUUUUCUGGUCAUGGGGAAAGACAAAAAAAAAAAAAGAAUCAGUCUCGUUCAGAUGUCCUGUCAAAGGCCUCGUCCUGGUGCAGGAUCUUAUUUAUUGCUCCAAGAGAGAGAGAAUCUUGCACAUCUGACUUGUGAGCUUGUUCCACUCUGGACUCUGGUUCUAUUUCAGAUUGUGUGAGACAAGAGUUUUUAGAAGCGGAGAAAAUAAAUUUUUUUUACACUGCC